CUAUAUCUCAUCCAGCUGUGCAAAACAUGGCCGCCGAAAACACAUCUCUCGACUGUGACGACGUCGAGCGGGAUAUGCCCGUUCACCAACGAGGCCUGGUCGACACAUGCUUCGAGGAAGGGCAAUACGAGGCAGGGAUCGCCGUGUUAGAGCAACUGCGGUCUCCGAAGUACAGGCCAUCUGGACCGCAUGUCCGUCAACUCGUGUACAUAGCAUUGCGCCCUCCCCCGCCCGCAGAAGACCCAAACACCGCAUCGCACCCCAAAUUGGAGUCCGGCCAGCCGAGCAGGAUGCACGCCUCCCUCGCGCCUUCCCCGGCUGCGAGCGAUGCCGCGCUCAGGCUCCUUCAUGCGUUCGCGGGCACGAAUACGCCCGCCGCCCUGUUACAUGCUUUUCCGCAGUACGAGACGAUCGACCGUGCAGGGAAAGGUGCGAGCAGGGGUCAAGGGGAAGAGGAUGACUCAUUCAUCGCGAGGGAGUCUAUUCGCAUUCGGAACGCCAGAGACUGCUGGGCUGUCCUUCACGAGGGCUUCCUUCAGCGUAAGGACGAUGCGGCCGCCAUACCAAGAACAAACCCAGGCAGCCUUGCAUCGAGCAGGCGGAAAGCGGACAGAGGAUCGUCGGACGCGGACGCGUCGCUGCCCAGUCCGGUCGACCAGCAUGCAUGGGGCGUGCUCGACUGGCUCCUGAGUCUAUUCGAGAAGGACGAGAUGUUAGCCGAGCAGAGUGGCCAACCUUCACAUUCUCCCUUACUCCUCUCGCAAAUACCCUUACCGCGCGCGGGCAACGCAAGGUGGGACAUCGCCGCGCCACUCGACGUCGUCUUUCACUGUCUCCAUCAGACAGAUUCAAAACGCAAGCGGAUGGGCAGCCGGCUCUUCACCUUGCUGAUCCACCUCGCGUCGACGACGCUGAUCGACCUUCCCAUGUUCCUUAACGCAGCCAGCAGCCGCGUCUUCGCGCUGCCCGCAAAGGACCUUGCCUCUCUGCUCGCCGCACUGCCCGUAACCAUGCCCGUGCUGCAGUUCAGGCUCGUGCUAUGCAAAAGCUACCUGACAGAGACGCGCAGCAGCGCUGUCCCGCAAACGAGAGCACAGCCGCGCCGCAAGCAGGCCGAGGUAUAUGGCAACGACGCACCGCCGCCGAAAGACGCAGCCUCGAACACGAUCCUGCGCAAGUUCCCUCCAAUCUCGUCUGCCGAGAUCUUGCGUCUCGUCGAAAGUCGCUCCCAUUCAGACGCAUCAGACAGGGACAUGUCUCUUCAAGUCAAACUCGAGCUGGCUCGUUCAUUUUGGCUACUGCAAAAGCAGAUUGCCGUGGAUGCAAGAGACACAGAGUGGCCGGAUGUCCUGCGCAGCGGGCGGCUCAAGGAAGCGUUCCAAAGUGCUUUCGUGGACACGAGCGAGAACGUGAAGAAGGAGGGAGAAGGCCUGCGGAAUGUGGAUCGGCUGCUCACGAUGAUUUGCGCUGGGUGA